AUGACCGGGAAGUCGGUUCGGGACGUGGAGCGGUACCAAGCCGUGCUGACCGAUCUGCUGCUGCGGGAAGAGAACAAGUUCUGUGCGGACUGCCAAGCGAAAGGACCAAGAUGGGCCUCUUGGAAUAUUGGGGUAUUUAUGUGUAUUCGCUGUGCUGGUGUCCACAGGAACCUGGGUGUCCACAUAUCCCGGGUGAAGUCUGUCAACUUGGAUCAGUGGACACAAGAACAAAUACAAUGUAUGGAAGAGAUGGGAAAUGGAAAAGCAAAAAGACUGUAUGAAGCAUUUUUACCUGAAAACUUUAUCCGGCCGCAGACAGACCAAGCAGUGGAGACCUUUAUUAGAGAGAAGUAUGAAAAGAAGAAAUACAUGGAUCGCAGUAUAGACAUAAAUGCAUUUAGAAAAGAGAGAGAAAGCAAGUGGAAGAAAUCGGAGUCUGCUCCUGAAAUAAAGUCAGAGACUGUCAUAUUUGAGAAGGUUAAACUGCCACAGAAAAAGGAAGACGCUAAGGCUCCUAAGGUGUCUCCCCAGAAGGCAGCGGAACCUGUUAUGGAUCUGUUAGGCCUUGAUGCUCCAGUGGCUACAACUGUUACCAAUGGGAAGUCAAGCACCAGUUUAGAGAAGGAAUUGGACCUUUUUGGGCCUACAUCAGGCUCUAAACCCAGCCAGGUUGUUGGGUCCAUGCCUUUAACUGGAAGUUCUGGAUCUGUUCCUGAGAAUCUCAACCUUUUCCCAGAGACAAGUGGGAAGCCAGCAGAAGGUACCAAAAAGCAGCUUUCCAAGGAUUCUAUCCUGUCCUUGUAUGGCCCUCAGACUUCUCAAAUUCCAGCUCAAGGAGGCCUCUUCAUGGCACCAGCACAAAUGGCAUACCCGAAUGCCUACACAGGAUUUCCUGCUGUUCCUUCUCCUGGGGGUGUUAUGGGUGGUAUGAUGGCCUCACCACUGGGUAUCAUGACUCAGCCAGCUCUCCCAGGCAUGGUUGCUCCCAUGGCUGUUCCAGCUGGAUAUGUCGGUGGAAUGCAGGCAGCAGUCAUGGGGGUUCCGAAUGGAAUGAUGGCACAGCAUGCAGGUUGUGUGACUGGCAUCAGUGCUGUGGCGCAGCCAAUGUAUGGUAUGCAACCAGGACAGCAACUCCAGUGGAAUGUCGCUCAGGUGUCUCAACAGAUGGCAGGAAUGACAUUUUUUUGGUGUAGGAGGCAUGGCAGGAUACGGACAGCCUACAGCUAACCAGGGACCCAACCAGACCCUCAGCUCACCAAUGUGGAAAUAA